CGGCGGCUAGGGUUUCGCCCUCCCAUCCCCGCCCCGCCGUCGCGGCCCUCGCCUCCCGCCGCCGUCCCCGACCGCGUCCUCCGCCGCCGGCCACUUCCACGGAGCUCCCGCGCCAGCAGAUCGACGCCGCCGGGCCCGUCCAGCCCGUCUCUUCCCCGGCCCGCCCGAACCGCGGCGUCCACGAGUUUCUGCGUCCGGCCCCGAGCCAAGAGAUCCGGACACCUCCAUGGCGACCGCGCUGCGUCUCGCGCGGGACUCUCCGGCGGCCGUCUCCAAGCUCGGGAGGGAGAGGGCCACGCUGUGCGCCAUCGCUAGGCCGGGCGGGCAAUGCUGUGCGCGGAGGGGGCUGGUGCUCCGCUGCCAGAGCGGGGCGGCCGCAGCGGCGGCCACUAUCAGGAAGGGCGAGGCGGCCGAUGGGGCCGGCGCAGCGGCGGGGUUCACCGUCGUGAUGAAGUUCGGCGGCUCGUCGCUGGCGUCGGCCGCGCGGAUGCGGGAGGUGGCCGACCUCGUCCUCAGCUUCCCCGAGGAGACGCCCGUCGUCGUCCUCUCCGCCAUGGGGAAGACCACCAACAACCUCCUCCUGGCCGGAGAGAAGGCGGUGAGCUGCGGCGCCCCCAAGGCGUCGGAAAUCAACGAGCUCGCCGUCAUCAAGGAGCUCCAUCUCAGGACCAUCGAUGAGCUUGGCCUAGAUAGCUCCAUUGUUUCAGGUUUUUUGGAUGAAUUGGAGCAACUGCUUAAGGGUGUUGCUAUGAUGAAAGAGCUGACUCUUAGGACACGAGAUUACCUUGUAUCCUUUGGUGAAUGCAUGUCUACAAGAAUAUUUGCUGCAUAUCUGAAUAAACUUGGGAAGAAGGCACGACAGUAUGAUGCUUUUGAUCUUGGCUUUAUAACCACUGACGAUUUCACAAAUGCCGAUAUUCUCGAAGCAACUUAUCCUGCUGUUGCAAAGAGGCUACAUGGAGAUUGGAUUGAUGACCCAGCUAUUCCUAUAGUGACUGGCUUCCUUGGGAAGGGAUGGAAAUCAUGUGCGGUCACAACGUUAGGAAGGGGUGGCAGUGAUUUGACCGCUACAACCAUUGGCAAAGCCUUGGGGUUAAGAGAAAUUCAGGUUUGGAAGGAUGUAGACGGUGUGUUGACGUGUGAUCCAAAUAUUUAUGCAAACGCAGUACCAGUACCCUACUUGACUUUUGAUGAGGCAGCUGAACUUGCUUAUUUUGGUGCACAGGUUUUGCAUCCCCAAUCCAUGCGACCAGCCAGGGAAGGUGGUAUCCCAGUUCGAGUGAAGAACUCAUAUAACCGUCAUGCACCUGGCACUGUGAUCACUAAAACAAGAGAUAUGCGCAAGAGCAUAUUAACCAGCAUUGUCCUGAAAUCAAAUAUUACCAUGCUGGAUAUAGUGAGCACAAGGAUGCUCGGACAGUAUGGCUUUCUAGCAAAGGUCUUCUCAAUAUUUGAAGAUUUGGGUAUCUCUGUUGAUUCUGUGGCUACUAGUGAAGUCAGCAUAUCAUUGACACUAGAUCCAUCAAAACUGUGGAGUCGUGAAUUGAUCCAGCAGGAGCUUGAUCAUGUAGUUGAAGAGCUUGAAAAGAUUGCAGUUGUUCAUCUCCUACAGCACAGAUCAAUCAUUUCCCUGAUAGGGAACGUGCAGAGAUCGUCUCUGAUUCUUGAGAAGGCAUUCAACGUUCUACGCAGAAAUGGUGUUAAUGUUCAGAUGAUUUCGCAAGGGGCGUCCAAGGUGAACAUCUCCUUGGUGGUGAAUGACAGCGAGGCGAAGCAGUGCGUGCAAGCCCUCCACUCGGCAUUCUUCGAGAACGGUUUCUUGUCAGAAGUAGAGGAAGCGGACCUUGCACAGAAGAGGGCUCCAGUCCUAGUAAGCUCGAAUGGUGCCAUCAACGGAAACUAGUCGACGUCGCUUUUUUCUACUUCCAGCAACGGAUGCGCCGUUCUUAGGUUAAGAGGGUGAUUCGACCUUGGAUUGUUUAGGCCACCUGAGCUGAUUCAUUGGUGCUGUACGAGCGGUAUUAUAGCUAUCAUGAUUGGUGUCGUAAGAGCGAGCGGUGUUAUAGUUAGCAUGAUUUUUCGGGUGCUUGCAUAUGGUAGCCCAAUCAAUGUAUGUGAUUGUGUGAGGCGUCCUACUUGCUGAACUUGACCAUUGGAGGUUUGUAGUGUGUCUUCUACCAAAUACAGUACUAAAUAGUAUGUGUGUUGUUCCUUCUAUUUAUAUUAGCGAAUGAUUCUUGUUUUUGUC